CUGCAGACAAUAAGGGUAAUGAGGGUGAAGGAUUGGAUCCGGAAAUGGCAAAUCAUGGUAAUCUUAUAUACAUAACUUUUGAAGACGGAGUGAAACCAAGAACUUCAGCAUUUUCCGCUGGUAAACAGCCAGCAUCAACAGUAGAAUCAUUUGAGCCAACAACGAAUACCAGUUCAUCAUCAGCAUUGAAUGUAAAGCAAGAAGCUGUGAAUGAUUAUCGAGAGAAACAGUCUGGCUUUAUUAAGCGAGGACGUGAUCCGAAAUUUGAUACUGAUGCAAAAGUAUCUUACAUUGAUCAAAAUUUGAAAGAUAUUUAUGAAACAACAGAAAAUACAUGUAAUGAAACGGAUAUAGAAUCUCAAUAUGAUGAUAAUACUUCAGUUGCCUCUAUACUAUCUUUAUCACGUGGUAUCUCUACGAAUUCAACUAAUCAAAGUACAACUUCAACUAUUCCAAC